CGGCAGGUAAGGGCAAGCCGUUCAUGUACGCCACCUCGCAAACGGUCAUCUCCCUCACCACCAGUGACCCCAAAGGCCUUAUCGGGUCACGUGUACACUUCUUUUGUGUAGUCCUCCACCAGCAACCCACCUCUUUAAAUUUCAGCGACCCCCACUGCUUCUUCCUCCAGAUAGCUGUCGACAUGUUUGUGCCCAUCGACAAGAGAAUCAUCUACACCUCCCGGAACCACUGGAACCACCACAGGUGGUACCUUUGGUUAUUGUUGAUCAUCCCAGUGAUAGCAGUCAUCUUAAUGAUACUCCUUCGCAGAAGAAAGAGAAGAACCGCCCAAGUCGUUCCCAACAACGGCCAGUACUACGAGCAGACUCAGCAGACAGGAGGCUACUACGGUGGCUCACAGGCUGGCUACGUCCCUCCUCCACAGCCUCAACAGUUCAAUCAGUCCCAACAGUAUCCCCAGCCCCAGCAGGGUUACACUGGGCAAGAUUACAACGCCACUGCACACCCGCAGGAGGGGUACAACUACGGUCCUCUGGAUGCAACAGCCAAUUACUCAAGACCAGACGGGCCUCCUCCCGCCCACUACAAGAACUAAUUGCUUCGGGACCGUUUUCCUACGCUUUUCAUCGAGUGGAAAGUAGACUGCUUACAUCUAUAUUUAUAUUUUCCAUUUCUCCCCAAGGUUUUAUAGGCUUAAUAAGAUUCUAAC